CACUUCCGGUUUUAUUUUUCUCCAAAAAGAUGAAAAGAUUUUUGAAAGAUGCAUGAUUUGCCGAGGCGAUCGGAAUAGUUAUGGAGGUAACCAUUGUAUCAGAGGUUGAUGUCUACAUCACUGUUAUAACUGCCAGGAAUGUUGAUUUAACAAAACAGAUUAUAAACGAUCCCUUCAGUAUAGACUCUGUUAAGGCCCUUAGGGAACAAGAAAACUGUGAAAAGACCAAGUCAGUAAUUGAUAUAGCCAAACCCAAAUUUUAUUUGACAGCUUCUGCUCAAUGCUUAUCGGCAAAUGAAAUUCUUAAAUUAAGUCAUGUGACCAAAGUUGACCAAUCAUCUAUUAAUUCUGAAGGCGAUCAGGCAGAACCCUCUGGUGAUGAAAAUGAAAAUGUUGAAUUUGUUGCUGAAGUAAUUGAUAUUACAGACCAAAACCAUGAAAACCGGGUACCAGAAAUUAAGAAAGAAAGAGCAGAACAAGUUAUCACACGUGCAAAAAGCUUACAGAAACAGUCAGAAAAAUGUACCAGUAUGUUAGAUACAAACUCACAGAUAAGUAAGCCAUGCCCUCCUUUUUCAACAACACAAGCAAAAAAAAACAAGCUUUUUAGUGACCUUGAUUUACAGUCCGUUAUUAAUGAUGUAAACAUGUUUGUUGUGAAUGAGGCAAACGAUGGGGAUUCAGAUAAUCACGAUAAUCUUAUUUUGAACAAUCAGAAAAGGAAAGCUGAAAAUGUGAAAAAUGAGUUUGUGCAAGAUGAAAACAAGAAAAUUGUAUGUGAUAUUUGUAAAGAAGUUUUUCCUCGAAAAUUGGAAUUGCGAUUACACAGGAAAAUACACGAGAGAAAUUUUCAAUGUGAGAAAUGCGGACAGGUUUUUCAAAGAAGUCAUAGUCUAAAAAUUCAUUACAGGAAAAGUAACAAUGGUAAACAAAACAAAUGUUCAUACUGUGAUAAAACCUUCAAUCAGUUGUGUAGUGUACAUGUCCAUGAGAGAGUACAUACUGGGGAAACACCAUACUCGUGUAAUAUUUGUGGACAAAAUUUCAGCAACAGUGGUGAAUGUCGUCUACACAUGCGAAAAAAUCACACAGGUGAACAACAGAAAAAUGUAAAAUAUUUUACAUGCCAAAUCUGCAAUAAGUCAUUCAAAAGGAGGGAUACUUUGAGGAUCCACUACAAAAGGCAUAAUGGCGAGAAACCAUUUAAAUGCAGCUAUUGUGAUAUGAGAUUCAUUUUAAAAUAUACCAUGCAAAAACAUGAAAAAAUUCAUACCGGUAUGAAAGAAUAUCAAUGUGACAUUUGUAGUCGUAAGAUAAGGUCAAAAUAUGAAUUUCAACAACAUUUACGUAGACAUAAAGGUGAAAAACCUCAUAUAUGUGAAAUUUGUGGUCGAGGAUUCUUCGAGAAGAGAAAAUUAGAAAAUCAUGUCAAGAUACACAACAAUGAAAAAGCUUUUAUUUGUCAUUUAUGUGGGAAGGGUUUGAGUCAUUCUGGUGCCUUGGUAUCACAUAUGAAAAUUCAUACAAAUGUCAAAGGUCAUACAUGUAAUAUUUGUGGACGUGCAUUCAUGCAUCAUUUCAAGCUUGAACGUCAUAUGAUGACCCAUACUGGUGACAAACCAUAUGUAUGUGAAACUUGUGGAUUUAAAACAGCUGAUGCAGGCACACUUAAAGUACACAAACGUCGCCAUACUGGCGAAAAACCACACAAGUGUUUAGUUUGUAUGAAAUCUUUUCGAGCGCUGCGUAACCUCAAGAAACAUGAGCAGAUACACCAACCUAACAGGAUUGAUAGAAGGAGAAAAAACCCAGCUAACACUAAACCAACUAAAUGUUUAAUUUGUCAGAAAAACUUCAGUGUUCAUAAAAGCUUAAAACGCCAUCUUAAGAAUGUGCAUGGCAAAAGUAUAGAUCAAAAUGAGAAUGACCAUGGCAAAGGUCUAGAUCAAAACAUGCAAAAUGAGAAUGGCCAUCUUGAACAUUUUGAAAAUGGCAAAGGUAUAGAUCAAAAUAAGCAUGGGAAAGGUAAAGAUCAAAAUGAGAGUUGCCAUCUGGAGAAUGAACAUGGCAAAGGCACAGACCAAAAUGAGAGUAAUCACAUCAUAGCAAUUCAGGAGACUAACAAUGUGAUUAUAGAAGAUGGGGUUAAUGUUCUACCGGAUCAAAUAUUGGUGUAUUACAUAUAACUUUCAGUUUCACAAAGUUUAUAACAGGCCAAAUACAAUAAAGAUAUUGAAUACAGGAAUACAAGAGCUCAAAUUACAUGUAUGUUUCAAUAGUGUUCUGAAGUAAUAAAAUUAAAAAGAAAUGGCACAAAGAAUUUGUCCAUUGACAUGUCAGUCAGGGGUAAAACAAGUAUACAAGUCAUGUUUAUUUACUUGAAGAUGUAAGUAAUAAUUACUUGUUUAAAAUAAUUUGUAGGAUCUUUAUUUUCAAGGUUUGAAUUAUCUCCCCUUAAUCUUCUCUUAAAAUUUUUUCUUAAACCUGUAAGUAAAUUUAUUUUACCUGAAAUUUAGGGAGGUCAAAACAUGCCUUAACAACAUUUUUUUGGUUUGCUAAUUAUUUUUAAAAUAGAGUUCAACCUUUUAUCUCAAGAACUAAAAAAAGAAAUCUAUUUGCACAGAUGUUAAGUAACCGUGGUAACUGGGCAAGGCCUUCAAAUAUUGCUCCUUGGGGGCUUGUAAAUGGAGCAGAAUUUUAAGAUAACAGAAAAAGAAGAUUUCAUUGUUUAUAAAUUUAUACUUUUAUGAAUAGUAUUAGUAAAGACAACUGUUACUUAAAUUUAUAAAUGUAAAAAAAUCUGAAUGUCUAACAUGUCUAAGGGAUAUAACUCUACCUCCAAAAUAAUUUACCUGUACCAGUAAAUAAAAGACACAAAUAUUACACCUGAAGUGACAUAUCCUUACGGUAGUGUGUAGUGACUCCUUGAUGUAUUAUAAAUACAUAUAAAAUGAUGAAUGAGUGUAAAGAUGAACCAUCAGGGACCUCAUGUGUCAAUGUGUAAACAAUUGAUAGAAGGUCAUGUUAUUUUUGUAUGGGUGAAAUACAAUUCCUUAAUAUGAAGGUAUACAUGGUACAGCUUGUACAAAAAUGUAUAGUAAGUGGGCUAUGUCACAGAUUUUGGUAAAAUUUUGCAUAAAUAUACUUCAAUUGUCUUAAAAUCAUCAAAUCUCUAAUUACAAUCUCAUAGAUUUUUCUUCAAAAUUGAUAUGUUGUUGAUCAUAAUGCAUAAAUUUUGUUUGAUUGAAAUAAAAUAAUAUAUAAUUAUUUUUUUAAUUUCUAGUAAUCAUGGUAAUAGUUCAACAAACUAAAUUUAAAGUUGUAUGCAAAAUUUAACCAAAAUCUGUGACGAAGCCCAUUUACUGUACCAAUUGACCUUAACCAUGUAAACAAUAUUUACUCAUUUAUCAAUGUAAAUAUGUGUACCAUAUUAUCUGUCAUUUCAUUGAAUUAAUUUUCCUAUCACCAAUCUGUUGCGUUUAUCUACAAAAGUUAAUUGAAUUAAAAAAUCAAUUCUCCAUGUAAACCAUUCUGUAAUUUGCUCAACAGUCAUGACAUAAAAAUAAUCAAAUUCGUAGAUUUACCAUGUUUACGUCAAUGCAUGUUCAUACAAUAUACAUUCCUUUCAUUGCCUUUAGCAUGUUUAGAGCAGCUGUGUAUAUUGACAUUUUUUGUUUUAUUGUAAACGUAAAAGGCUUGAAUUCAGUUUUCAUGUUUAAAAAAAAUAUCUUUAUGUAAUCAUGGUAAUGAAAAUACACUUUAUGAUUUAUUUCUAUAAAAUUUAUAAAUUUAAGACGAAAGAAAAGAGGAGAUCAUUUCUUACAUUUGAAAUUUUAUAUUUAGAAAUAAGAACUAUUUUUACUUGUUCAAGUAAAGUCCACCAACUGAUGAUUGAUAUUCAGAAUAACAUAAGAAAGUUUGAUAUUUAUUGGAGAAAUUUUGUUUCAAUGUACACACAUUUAAAUGCAAAAAAAAUGUCUGUUUUUGUCGAGCCUGCAACUUUUGUUGCAGAAAGCUCGACAUAGGGACACUGAUCUGGCAGCGGCGGCGUUAACUAACUUCUUAAAAGCUUAAUAUUACAGAAGGUAGAAGACCUGGAUGCUUCAUACUUUAAUUUGUAUAUAGAUGCCUUAUGAUAUGAAGUUUCCGUCUGUCAUAUGAUCAUUGUCCUUGACCUCAUUUUCUUGGUUCAGUGACUGCUUGAAAAAAAAGUUAAGAUUUUUUGUAAUGUUAAUUUCUGUCUUAUUAUGAGUAAUAGGAUAACUAUAUUUGGUAUGUGCGUACCUUGUAAGGUCCUCAUGCCUAUCAGACAGUUUUCACUUGACCUCGACCUCAUUUCAUGGAUCAGUGAACAAGGUUAAGUUUUCGUGGUCAAGUUCAUAUCUCAGAUACUAUAAGCAAUAGGUCUUCUAUAUUUGGUGUAUGGAAUGAUUGUAAGGUGUACAUAUCCAACUGGCAGGUGUCAUCUAACCUUGACCUCAUUUUCAUGGUUCAGUGGUCAUAGUUUAGUUUUUGUGUUUUGGUCUGUUUUUCUAAUAUUUUAUGCAAUAGGUCAACUAUAUUUGGUGUAUGGAAAUAUUUUAGGAUGUACAUGUCAGUCUGGCAGGUUUCAUUUGACCUUGACCUCAUCAUGCUCAUUUUCACUGUUCAUUGCUCAAUGUUAAGUUUUUUUGUGUUGGUCUGUUUUUCUAAUACUGUAUGCAGUAGGUCAACAAUAAUUUCUGUAUGGAAUUAUUUUAAGAUGUACAUGUCAGUCUGGCAGGUUUUAUUUGACCUUGACCCAUUUUCAUGGUUCAUUGCUCAAUGUUAAGUUUUUGUGUUUUGGUCUGUUUUUCUUAAACUUUAAGCAAUAGGUCUACUAUAUUUGGUGUAUGGAAUAAUUGUAAGGUGUAUAUGUCUGUCUGGUACCUACCUCAUUUUCAUGGUUGAUUGGUCAAUGUUCAGUUUUCCUGGUUAACUUUGUUUCUUAGAUACUUUAAACAAUAGGUCAACUAUAUUUGAUGCAUGGAAUGAUUUUAAGGUAUACAUGUCUGUCUGGCAGGGUUCAUCUGACCUUGACUUCAUUUUUAUGGUUCAUUGGUCAGUAUAGAAUUUCCAUGGUUUGGUCUGUUUCUUUUAUACUAUAAUAGGUUAUCUAUAUUCUGUGUAUGGAAUGAUUGUAUUUAAGGUGUACAUGUAUUUCUGGCUUGGUUUAUCUGACCUUGACCUCAUUUCUUGGAUCAUAAAUGUUAAUGUGAUACUUGUAGUAAAACUUUAUGUGUAGGAUUAUCAACAAAAUCAAUGGUCAGUAUAGUAGGCGAGACAUUUCAGCGUGUGCACUCUUGUUGAAAAAUAAGCAUCAUAAGCAUUUGGAAAAUGGUACAGUUGUAAUUCUGAAAGAGACUAAUAAUUAUGAAAAUACAUAAGAUUUUCCUUAACAAUUGAAGGUCCACAUUUCUGUUUUUUUAGCUCACAUGAUGCAGAGGGCCAAGUGAGCUUUUCUCGUCACUUGGCUUCCGUUGUCUUCAUCGUCCGUUAUCUUUUACAAAAAUCUUCUCCUCUGAAACUACUGGACCAAAUUUAACCAAUCUUGGCCACAAUCAUCAUUAGGGUGUCUAGUUUUACAGAUGUGUCUGAUAACCCUGCCUGCCAACCAAGAUGGCUGACAUGGCUAAAAAUAGAACAUAGGGGUAAAAUGCAAGUUUUGUCUAAUAUUUUGAAAACCGUAAUAAUUAGAGAAAAUCUGACAGAGCAAAAAUGUUCAGUAUUUUGAGCUCUACCAAUUGUUUGAUUAAGUUAAAACUAUUAGUGGACUUCUUAUAGGAGUUAUUGCCCUUAAAUGACUGAUUUUACCAUUUUUUUUCAUUUUGCCUAUUAUGAGUGUCUUGAAAACUAUGAUAGAUACAGAAAAACUUUAAAAUGCAAAAAUGAUCAGCAAUACAAGAUCUACAAAUAAGUCUGCAUUGUCGAAAUCAUCAGGCCACUCAAUGUUAGAGUUAUUGCCUCUUGAUGUUUUUUACCAAUCUUUUGCAUUUUGACUACAAACAAGUCAAAUUUUGCCGAUAUAGUUAGUACACUGCCACUCUUUACUGGAGUGAUUGCCCUUAAAAAUGUUAAAUGAGGAUUUUUUUACCCUCUUUGUGUAUUGAGCAAAAACUUAUGAAGAUAGAGAAAAGCUAAACAGACAAAACAAUCAGCAAUACAAGAUCAACACAUAUGUUUGUCAUGAAUUCUAUUCUCUUCUACAAUGAGUGUCCUUUGUUCAAUUAAUAUGUACAUUGACCUAGGUGAGCGACACCGGCUCUUUAGAGCCUUUAGUUUGUCAUUUUUAUAUAAAUAAAUGUUUAAGGAUGUUCGCUACUCUUGUUAUAUGCCCGUUUACGGGAUGUAUUAUGGUACACUGUUAUCCGUCUGUCAGUUCGUCUGUCCAUCCGUCGUCAACAUGUCGGGACAAUAACUCAAAUUAUACCAAUUUUCAUGAAACUUUGGUGAAUUGUUUAUGUCUAUUGAUGUAAGCUCUCUUUCAAUUUUUAUAAGUUUUGGUUUUUCCGUUUCCGAGUUAUUGGAUUUUAUUUAUAAAAAAAAUGGUUUUCCAGUUUACCGACAAUAAUGCAAAAAUGCUUUCAGUAGUUUUCAUGAACUUUGGUGACUGGUUUGUAUCUAUUGAAAUAAGCUCCCUGUAGUUUUUUUUAAAUUUCUGCUAUGACUUUGACAAUGUUUGAGGAGUAACGGAACUUAUUUCAAUGAAAAAGCAAUGGGCGUAUCAUGCGCUCUUUCUUUUUGUCUUAUUGUCAGAUAUUCAGAAUCCUCUAGUUUUAUCCAUGUAGUUCCAAUAAAAGUUUUGCCUGCUUACCCUUACUUUUCUUUUCAUAGUUUUAUAACAUAAAGUUUAAGUCUGUAAUUUUUUUUUUAAAUCUUAUAAAAACCUUGUUAUUUUUUCAUUUUUUGAAAGAAAAAAGGUGCCAAUGUUAAAUGUAUGAAAAAUCUAGAGAGAAUCAUUUCCUGCCAAAUUUUGAAUCGAUUAUAUCUCAAAAACAAGAACAUGGACCUUUCGGUUUUUUCUGCUUUUUAUGUUCCUUUAUUGUCCCCCAUGCAAUGCAUUGUGGGAUACAUAGAAACAUCAGGCAUCUGUCCAGUCUUCCUAGCGCUCUCACAUGUACAAUUCUUGCCAGAUUUUUAUAAAACUUAUAUAAUAGGUUUAUAUCAGCAUUGUCUUGGUCAAAUUCGAAAAUCACUGCCAUUCAAUUAUUUUUUAAAGAGUUAGGCCCCUUGGAAAUAUUCAUUAUAUGGAAAAUUGCAAAGUCAGCGUUCUCAUGUGUACAAUUAUUGCCAGAAUUUUAUUAAACAUAUAUCAUAGGUUUGUAUCAGCAAUGUCUUUGACACUUUUUGAAAAUAAGUGCUGAUCAAAUAUUUUGAACGAGUUAUGCCCCUUGGAAAUAUAAAUUAUAAUGGAAAUCACAUUGCAUUUGCUCUGAAGCCUUUAUUUCUCCAAGAUAUUAAUAAAAAGUUUUAUAGAACAAAAAAAAAGUGUUUUUUUUUUUUAGUUAUUACCCUUGUACCUUGGAUAGAUAAAAUAUGUGCAACGCAGGGGACAUUGGAACUCUGUUCUUUUAUUUAUAUACUCUCAAAUCGUACUUUCUUGUUUAUUUGGCGUGUUAUACUAAUUGUAAUGCUUUUUUGUUAUUUAAUGUUAUUCAGGGUUAUAUCUGGUCUAUAUACCAGCUUUGAUAAGUGUUUGGUAUUACUAUAAAUUUUCACUUCUUCGUACUACAUGUACUAUGAAUAUCAGAAUUAUUUAUUUUGUAAAAAUAUUUCCUUUCUCUAUUUGAACUGUACACGUAUACCUAACAACAAAAUUAUUUUCAUUUACCUAUGUUUAAAGUAAUUGCAAAUGGCUGAUAUUUUUGUUCAAGCAUAUUGUUUUUCUUAAAUUGUUUAACAUUUCACAGCGGUAUAACAUGUUACUUUUAUUAUUCUUCCCUUAGUUUAUUUAUUUUGUAUUUACAUUGUAUCAUAGAUCAAAUUUAUUUGUUCAGUGUAUGUUAACUGGUAUUAUGUCUUUUGAUUGCGUUAUGCCAUUUCAAAUGAUAUUUUAUAGUGUGUCUUUCUAUGUUGUGAUGUUACACUUUUGUUUCAGAUAAGGGUGAAGGUUUGUUACCAUUAAAACGUUUAAACCCGCUGCAAUUGUUUGCACCUGUCCUAAGUCAGGAAUAGAAGUUGUUGUUUGUUGAUGUGGUUCAUAAGUGUUUCUCGUUUCUCAUUUUUGUCGAGCCUUCGACUUUUGUCGAAAAAGCGAGACAUAGCGAUCCUACAUUCCGUCGUCGUUGUCGUCGGCAGCGUCCACAAAUAUUCACUCUGUGGUUAAAGUUUUUGAAAUUUUAAUAACUUUCUUGAACUAUCCUGGAUUUCUACCAAACUUGGACAGAAGCUUGUUUAUGAUCAUAAGAUAAUAUUCAGAAGUAAAUUUUGUAAAAAAAAAAAUUCCAUUUUUUCCUUAUUUUACUUAUAAAUGGACUUAAUUUUUCUGCCAGGAAACAUUACAUUCACUCUGUGGUUAAAGUUUUUGAAAUUUUAAUAACUUUCUUAACAUAACCUGGAUUUCUACCAAACUUGGAAAAAAGUUUGUUUAUGAUCAUAAGAUAGUAUCCAGAAGUAAAUUUUGUAAAAAAAAAAAUCCAUUUUUUCUGUAUUUUACUUAUAAAUGGACUUAGUUUUUCUGCCAGGAAACAUUACAUUCACUCUGUGGUUAAAGUUUUUAAAAUUUUAACAUCUUUCUUAAACUAUCCUGGAUUUGUACCAAACUUGGACAGAAGCUUGUUUAUGAUUAAAAGCUAGUAUCUAGAAGGAAAUUUUGUUAAAAUUUUGUUCUAUUUUUUCCGUAUUUUACUUAUAAAUGGACUUAGUUUUUCUUCAAGUUAACAUUACAUACAGUCUGCAGUUUAAGUUUUUAAAACAUUUAUUACAUUCAUAAACUAUCCUGGAUUUUUACCAAACUUGGACAGAAGCUACUUACAAUCAAAACAUAGUAUAGAGAGGAAUACUUUUAUUAAUUUUUUUUCCUCAUUUUUGUUGAGCCUGCGAUUAACAGCAAAAGUAGGCGAGACACUGGGUUCCGCGGAACCCUUACGAAUUUUUUAUAUAGAUUAGACCGUUGGUUUUCCCGUUUGAAUGGUUUUAGACUAGUAAUUUUUGGGACCCUUUAUAGCUUGAUGUUCGGUGUGAGCCAAGGCUCGGUGUUGAAGACCGUACUGUGACCUAUAAUGGUUUACUUUUAUAAAUUUUGACUUGGAUGGAGAGUUGUCUCAUUGGCACUCAUACCACGUCUUCUUAUAUCUAUCAAUUUAUUACAGUCUUUUUAAAAGCUUGUUAUUUUGAAACAGAGGAGCCAACAUCCUUAAUUGGUUGAUUUGCAGGUGAUGUCCAGUUUAUAAAUUUACAAAAUAUGUAGCUCACUGUACUCACCUGGCCUAAUGGACCAUACGAGAUUUUUGUCUUUUGUAAAAGAUAAGGAGAUGAGAAAUAUAAUGCAAAUGAGACAACUCACCACCACCAGAGACCAAAUGACAUACAUGUAGAUAUUAGCAACUAUAGAACUUCAACAAUGAGCAAAACUCAUACUACAUAGCUGGUUUAAUAAAAAUGUCCCUACAGAACAAAAUCUAAAACAUUUCAAACAAGAAAACCAAUAACCUAAUGUAUGUACAAAACAUUGUACAAAAAGUAAAUAUACUAUAGAGCAACAAAUGACAACCACUGAAUUAUAGGCUCUUGACUUGGGACAGUCAUUUACAGAAGGUGGAAGAUUAAACCUAUUUGAGGGCACCCAACCCUCUGGAAAUAUGCUUUUUGAGUUGAGUCACAGAAUGCAAGACAAAGGUAUGAUAAUCUGUCUGCUCCAGCUUCGUAAACUAUUUGUAUAUAACUUUGUAUUUCUGAAGGUACAAUACCUAAAUGCUUCAUACAUGUACCUUGUAUAUAGAUACAUUUAUAUUACAAAAUUUCCUUCUGUCAUAUAUGCAUUGUCCCUGACCUCAUGUUUAUGGUUCAGCAAUUUAUAGUCGACUCCUUAUCAGAGUGAUUGUCCUAUAAAAACGAUUUGACUUUUUUUUUCAUUUUUGCCUAAUAUCUUAAAAACUGUAUUAGAUAGCUAGAAAUAAAUAGCAAAAAUGAUCAGCAAGACAAGAUCUACAAAUAAGUCAAAUGACCGAAAUUGUUAAUCUACUCCUUAUUGAAGUUAUUGCCCUUUAAUGACGAUUUUUCCCAUUUUUGCUUAUUAUCUAGAAAACUUUAAUAGAUGAAUAGAAACUUUAAAAAGGAAAAAUUAUCAGCUGUAUAAGAUCUACAAUUAUGCCAACAUGACUGAAAUUAUCAGUUAACUCUUAAUAGAGUAUUCCCCUUUAAUGAUGAUUUUUACUAAAAAGUGGCCAUUGUUGAAGAUGCAGGUGAGCAACACAGGCUCUUUAGAGACUCUAUUUUAUACAUAGUGUAUAUAUGUCUCUGCUUUAUGUAAUGUAAAUUUCUCACUUCAAUAUUAUGAUUACUAGAAUAGUUAUAUUUGGUAUUACAAGUGGUCCUUGCCAGGUGUACAUGUCCAUUAGACAGGGUUGACCUGACCUAAACAUGAUUAGGUUAAUUUCUUACAUACUAUAAGCAGUAGGUCAACUGUAUACUGCAUGUUACAUGUAUGAUUGUAAGGUGUACAUGUCAGAUUUGAAGGUUUCACCUGACCUUGGCUUCAUUUCGUGGUUCAAUGGUCAAUGUUGUGUUGAAUAUUUUCCCAUGGGAACAUUUUUUUUUCCUUUAUGAUUUUUCGGAAUUGGUCAAAAGAGCUAUAUAGUAACGUAACGAACUGAUGUGCAUGCACUAAUAACUGGGAGCAGUUAAUAACAUUUUUUAAUUUCUGUAAAAAAAAUGCAAUUAUACUAUAUUAAAAGUAUUUGUAUCAUACUUGUAUAUUCAAAAGUAUUUUACUGGUAAUAAAUGAUAGAUAGAUAUACAUUGA